AUGGCUAAGCCAACUUUCCAGCUCUCAGAAUUUCAGAAAAUUCGUCAAAAGUAUAUCCCAGUUCUUCCUCACGGUCUCCAGCAAGCAAAUUCUGCUUUUGUCUUCCAAGACGUCCCUGUCCUAGACGAAAUUCGCGAAAAAUACCCUGCGAUCAGUGCCAUCAAAUAUGUGGAAUUCCAGCCAACUAAUGAAGAAUCCUCAAUUCCUCCAUCUCCUCUACGCAUUGGUGUAGUUCUAUCAGGAGGCCAAGCCAGUGGUGGCCACAACGUUAUCAUGGGAGUUUUUGACUACGUCAAGCGUCAUCACAGCUCUUCCCAAGUUUUUGGCUUCUUAGGAGGUCCAAGGGGGAUUUAUACCAACCAAUACAUUGAAAUUGAUGAGGAACGCAUGGCUUUUUACCGCAACCAAGGAGGCUUCGACAUGAUCUGCUCUGGUCGUGAUAAAAUUGAAACUGAUGAGCAAUACGCCAAUUCCUUGAAUUACUGCUCCGCAUUGAAUCUUGACGGUCUCAUCGUAAUUGGAGGUGACGACUCAAACACCAAUGCUGCUCUUCUUGCUGAAUAUUUCAUAAGCAAAGGCUCCCACAUCAAGGUAAUUGGCUGCCCAAAAACAAUUGAUGGAGAUCUUCGUAAUGAGUUCAUUGAAGUCUCAUUUGGUUUCGACACUGCUACCAAAACUUAUAGUGAAGUCAUUGGAAAUGUCUUAAUAGACGCAGUUUCGAGCAAGAAAUACUACCAUUUCAUAAGACUUAUGGGAAGAUCUGCAAGUCAUAUUGCUUUGGAGUGCGAGCUGAAGACUAGAGCAAAUUUAGUCCUUAUUGGCGAAGAAGUUCAAGAGAAAAACAUGACUUUAAGCCAAAUUGUUGACCAACUUGCGACAAUGAUUGCGAUAAUAAUAAAAUGAUAUCAUAUGAAAAGGUAAUUCAAUCUGUGAAUUCCCUUUCCCUCGCCCAGCUUUUAUUAUUAUGGGGUUAGGCUUUUACACACAAAACUUCUGCAAAGAGGAGAAAAUGGCGAGGAUUUAUUUGUUUUGCCCACUUUGUUUAUUGUGUUUUACCUCUUUCAUCUGCUGGCAUAAAAUGCAUCGCUCUUAGGCUGAACAGGCGGAGGAAAGUCGAAUAAAGCAAAGCAACUAUCCAAGCCAUUCCCAAAUGGCUUCACGGGGACUAGGAGUCAAGUUCUGAUAUGAGUUCGAGAGCAACAACAAGACGGAGAAAAAGGCAUCUCACUUACGCUCAACUAGAAGUUAGUAAAUUAAGCUAAUUUGAUUGUUUUGCAGCAAUGAUUGUGAAAAGAGGAGAAGCAGGAAAGUCAUAUGGAGUUAUUUUGGUGCCUGAAGGGCUGAUUGAGUUUAUCCCUGAAGUAAAUGCUCUGAUUAAAGAAUUAAAUGAAGGAAUGGCUGGACAUACUGGACUAACUGAAGAAAUCGUAAAUCAAGUUGUGAGUGGGCUUAGUGAAUCCUCAAGACAACGGCUAAGUGUCAUUUGAUUGGAACAUUUUAGUAGAGUGACAUUCCGAGGGUAUUUUAUGUCGAUAUUUUUUUUCUUGUUGUAAAUUUGAUAUAAUUUUAACGGAGGAUAUUUCACAUAAGAAAAAGUUAGGAUCAAAUUCUGAUAUAGAAAAAAUUUCUAUCAAAUCACUGGCAGCCGAAGACAACUGUAUCAUUUCUUGCCAGAAAGCAUUAGAAACCAAUUGAUGCUAGAUCGUGACCCACAUGGAAAUGUCCAAGUCGCUAAAAUUGAGACUGAAAGACUAUUGAUGAUGCUCCUCGAAACUGAGUUGCCAAAGAGAGGACACAGAUACCCAUUUUUGCCACAAAGCUACUAUUUCGGAUACGAAGGAAGAAGCUCUUUACCUUCAAAUUUUGACGCAAACUACUGCUAUGCUUUAGGUAAUUGUGCAUCAGCUUUGAUCAAAUACAAUUUCACUGGAUGCAUGGCCGUCUGCAGAGGCAUAGAUCAGCCUCCAGAGAAUUGGAAGGCUGCUGGUUGCCCAUUGGCUGCAAUGAUGCAUCUUGAAAGAAGAAAAGGUAAAGACGUGGCUGUCAUUAAGAAAGCUUUGGUAGAGAUGGAUUCUCCUUGCUUCAAGGCUUAUGAAUCAAUGAGAGAGCAUUGGAUGUAUAACGAUUGCUACAGAACUCCUGGGCCAAUCCAAUUUGAUGGAGUUGCAAGCACUGAUGUUAGUUUCUUAUUAAAACCUCCAACUCCUGAGGAUUUGGCUAGCAGCGAUGAUACUCCAGAAAGCUUCCCAUAUUACCCAAGGAAGAAAAUAGAUAUGAGUCCAUUAGCGAUUGCUAGAAUGCAUGCUCAAGUUGAUGUGCCGGAAGUAUUUUUGCAUGGACUUGAUUCAUGUCAGGCUAUUUUUGGGGACAUUUUAGAGCCUGAGACUGAAGAAGUAAGAGCAGCUUUGCAAGAUCAGUUACCAUUUUUAUGUGACCCUAGCUCCCUAAAUGGAUAUUGGGGAUCACUGGGAACUUUUGAAUUAUCACAAUCAAUUAUUACAAAUAAUAAAAAAUUAAAAAUUAUUUAUUAAUUGGGUGGGUAAGAGAAAGAGAUUCGUAGAGAUCACCAAAGGAAGCGGACUUCAGCCUGGACCACUUAAAAUUGGUGUCUUUUACCUUGGUCGUCAAACUCCAGGUGCCCAUAACGUAAUUGACGGUUUGCUGCUUGCAUUAGAAUCUCGACCAGAUUCGGAGCUAUAUGGCUUUUUGGACGGAAACAUCGGCCUUUUCAAUAAAAAUUACUUCAAAAUCACAGCCAAGAACUUUUUACCAUACAGAAACCAAGGAGGAAUGGAUUUCCUGGGCAGAUCUGGAGAUGCAAUCAGAGGUGCUGAACAGUUCAGAAAAGUCAAAGAAACAUGCGAGCAGUUAGAUCUCGACGGUUUAGUGGUUGUCGGGGCUACUCACUCUUUGACUGAUGCCGCAUACUUAGCUGACUAUUUCAUAACAGAAAACGUGAAAACAAAAAUCAUUGGAAUUCCAGCCAGUAUCGACGCCAACAUCUCACACAGACUUUUUGAAACAACGAUUGGAUUCGACACAGCUUCAAGAUUAAAUGCACAGAUGGUUGGAAAUAUGAUCACUGAUUCUGCUAGCGCUAUUAAGUACUGGUACUUUGUAAGACUCAUGGGAAGAGAUCCAAGCCAUUUGGUCCUUGAAUGUGCCCUUCAAACUCAUCCAAAUGCCGCAAUCAUUAGUGAGUUCUUCAAGCAGGAAGGAUACACUCUAAUUGAUAUUGUGAAAUACAUUGCAGAUAUCGUAUGCGAAAGAGCAAGCAUGAAAAAGCAUUUCGGAACUCUCCUCGUCCCAGAAGGCCUUACACUGCAAAUUUCACACUAUAGAGAGCUUAUUAGUGACAUUGGAGUAUUGAUGGGCCCAAGGACAAAACAAGAUAGGCAGGAUUUAGCCAUUGCAAUUGUCCAGGAUGAUAAGGAAAUUGAUAAAUAUUUCAACCAUAUUUCAGGACCAGUUCUUAAAGAUCUGCCUAAAUGGUUCCAAUAUCAGCUCCUUACUAGAAUUGACUCAAACGGCCAGGUCCAAUUAUCUUUGAUCGAAACUGAAAGACUAUUAGCAGACCUUGUUGCCAAAGAAUUGAGAGAGCGCAAAAAGGCUGGCACUUAUAAUGGCUCAUUUGCUCCAGUUUGCCACUUCUUCGGAUACCAAGGACGCUGCUCAAUGCCAACAGUCUUUGACUGUUCACUAGCGACUACUUAUGGAGCAACUGCAGCAGCCCUCAUUAGUGCAGGCGUGACAGGCUACAUGACAACCGCAAGAGGCUUAAGUGGCCCUGUUGAGCACUGGAGACUUGGCGCCAUUCCUAUCUCUGCUAUGGUCCGCUUAAAAGGAAAGUCUCAGUACGGCCGCAACAGAGUUCUCGUUCCGAGCGCUGAAGUUGAUCUCCAUGGAGGAGCUUUCCAAAAAUUGCUUUCAGAAAGACGUUCUUGGGGCAGAAACGACUUAUUCAGCAACCCUGGGCCAAUUCAGUAUUUCUCUGAUGCUAAAUACCUCACAAACCAAACUCUCCAGUUGAACUAUAGAAACUACUUGAACUUAUUAGAAGAAAUCAACACCCUCUGUGGAAAAAUCCAGCAAGUCUGCAGGUUCGGAGUUUCUGAAGACCUCUUGAGAACGGCAGUUAUUGGGCUUUCUUCCGUAGAAGGUAUCUUAAAGCUGCAGAGAAGGCAGUAA